GGAGCCUGGACCCUUUAGGAUCAGUAUCAUUACAUUAUUUGGUUAACUUUCUUUGCAUUUCAUGUGCAUCUACGAUGGGGAGAUAAAAGCGAACUGUUGGCGACUGUUUUCUAUGCCCAGCCAGCGAACAUCAAUACGUUAUGAGUUAUCAGCUCUCAGCAAAUGAUCUCAGCUCUUCGUCAGGGGGUCGUGACCUGGAAGGUCAUGUGCAGAGCAGCUAACCCGUCAGCACAGAAGUCCAGUUUAUAAUUAACAUGAUUGAAAGGUACUGACUGAUAGCAGGGUUAAUCAGUUCCCUGUCCCCUUGUGUAAGAGUUUAAAGAAAAUGUGCAUGAAUUUUAAGAGAACAAUCUGUCUAUGUGUGAUUGGUGUUUCGUUUGAGACAGGUGAGGACAAACAAAGUCUAUUAACUGCAUAAGAUAGAGAGUCCAAAACUAAACCUCCACCAGCAAACACACAUAACACAGGAACUGAACCAGGAGCAAGGGAAUUGUGAGCAGGAGCAACACUGGACCCAACGCGACUGAAGUUAACAGACAAAGUGACAAAGACGAGAGAGAAAGACUUAGUCUAAAUACUGCAGGGCUGAGGGACACAUCCGGCUGCAGGAGCAGGUGAUGAGUGGUGGGAAUCAACAAAGUACUUUUACCUCAUCUUCAUUUCUUUUUAGCAGAAAAAGACAAUGUGAAAUGUGAGAAAAAGACAUGGCCAGCUCUGGACCUGACUCAGUAUAAAAUAAAACUGUGUUACAGGAGGUUUCCUGUUGGUCCCAAGAAUGAUAAAAACAAAUGUAGUUUCACAUUUAUUUGCAGGCUACAUAUAAGUUGAAUCCCAUUAUAAGAAGAAUGGAAAAAAAAUAGAAACAGUGUCAAAACUAAAUACGUUUGCCUUUCCAAUAUGUUUAAGGAAUGUUUGAAGGAAGCAAAUGAGGUAAAUGCUCAAUGUGACAGGACAUCUCAAGUGCGCUUGAUCUUAUAAUGCAUCUUGGGAAACAGAUACUUUAUAAUACACUUUUGCUUCACAUAUAUAGGCAAAUAUCUUUACUUUUUUUUAAGUGCAUAGUGUUAAACACUCACAUUGUACAGAAACACAAUUUAAAUUUUCGUAGCAGGUUUACUAAAAAAAAAUUGCGGUUACCUGCUAAUUUUGAUGCAAAAGUUAAAGUGUGGUGAACAGGCUCGUGUCCUGGUUGAACUCAACAGUCAGGUUUAUGUGAGUCCACAGAGGCACGAGGGGAGAGGGGAAGGGUGCAGUCCACUGAUAUGACUCUACCCCGUGCUGUUAUUGUAAUCACCACUGCUCACUUCUUUUCCCUCCGCUGCGUGACCUCGCCGCUUCCUCCUUCCCUCGUUCCCCCGCCACUCCCGUCUCACACUCCAUGAAUGUGACUCAGUUUUGAUUUGCACACCCCCACUGGCUCAGGAAGCCCUGUGCACGGGGGGUUGAGGGUGGUGCAUGAGAGCACCCCCCCAGGGGAACAUGCAAGAAAAAUGAAAAACAAAACAAAAAAAGUGAGGGGGUGAACUGAGGGGUAACUUUUCACCAUCACACGCACAACAGCAACGUACUGGCUUCCUCCAUUGAUAAAACCUUUUUCAAUAUCCGGUACGCACACUAAAGAUUAUAACCUUUACCAGUGGUACUCUCUGGACCUGUGUGAACUACAGGUAAUCCACAUACUGGACUUUGGCCUUGCUGCAGGUAUAUGUGUCAAAGUUAAGCUAUGGGCAAACAGACCACAGAAUAACCUGGCACCCUCUGGACCUGUUGUCUGAGACAAACUUCUGGAUUCGGACACAAAAAGAACCAGAGGACAUGUCCGGCACGAUCCCAAUAUUCCUGUCAUGGCUCUGCCUCCUGCUGCUAAAUCCCAUCAGCGGCAGCAGGAUUCUGGUUUUACCCGUCGAUGGCAGCCACUGGAUCAACAUGGAGGUGAUCCUCCAAGAGCUGCACUCCAGAGGCCACGAGCUCACCGUGCUGCGCUCCGCCAAGAGCUGGUUCAUUCCCAGUAACUCUUCUAUUUAUACAUCUAUUGACGUGAUAAUGCUAGAGGACGAGUCAGACAAGGACUUCGCAAAUAAAAUGCUACAAGAUGUCAUGGAAUGCCGCAGGUCGCAUGGUUUUAUACGGACCUUAUACCAGCAGAACAUGCUCACUUCUAUGUUGGCAAAAGGCCAUGAGAUCCUUGCCAGAGCAGCUGCUUUAAUGUUGGAUGACCCUGUUUUCAUUAAGAAGCUGCGGGAUGCAGAGUUUGACUUGAUGUUGACGGACCCUGCUCUGCCUUUAGGAGUUCUUCUGGGGAGUUACCUCAAGCUACCGAUGGUUUUGAAUGUGCGCUGGAUCAAUAGCGGGGAGGGUCACCUCACCCUGGCUCCCUCUCCUGUCUCCUACGUGCCCGUGUCAGGAAGUGAACUCCAUGAUAAGAUGGACUUUCAGGAAAGGACCAAGAAUAUGUUACAUUACCUCUAUAGUGUUUAUGAACAGCACGUCAUUAUUAACCCUCACUACUCCGAUCUGUUCCAACGACACUUCCCUCCUGGGACUGACUUGCUGUCAGUGCAGCGUGCCGCUGAUAUCUGGCUGUUGAGGGCGGAUUUUGUCUUCGAGUUCCCUCGACCCACGAUGCCCAAUGUGGUCUACAUAGGGGGGUUCCAGUGUAAGAAGGCCAAACCCCUCACCGCAGAGCUGGAGACCUUCAUGCAGAGUUCUGGAGAGCACGGGGUGGUGGUUAUGUCACUAGGCUCCUAUGUGUCAGCCCUGCCUCGCGAAGUCACUGAGGCCAUAGCUGCGGCUUUUGCUCAACUGCCGCAGAAGGUGGUGUGGAAGUUCGCGGGAGAAAAGCCGUCAUCGCUGGGCAGCAACACCCUGCUAAUGAAGUGGCUGCCUCAGAAAGAUCUCCUGGGACACCCCAAGACUCGGGCCUUUGUGGCCCACGGAGGCACCAACGGUAUGUAUGAGGCCAUCUGCCACGGUGUCCCUGUCGUGGGCCUGCCGCUCCUCUUUGACCAGUUCGACAACCUACUCCGGCUGAGGGUGCGCGGGGCAGCGCGGGUGGUGGAGGUCCAUUCACUCACCAAAGAGAACUUCCACGAGGCUCUAAAGGACGUCCUGGAGACCCCCUCGUACCGAGACAGAAUCCAGCAUCUCUCCGUGCUACACCACGACCGACCACUGUCUCCAAUGGACACCGCCAUCUUUUGGAUUGAGUACGUCAUUAGGAACCAAGGAGCGGCCCAUCUGCAGCCGGCAGCUUUUAGUCUGCCCUGGUACUCCUACUUCUGCCUGGAUGUGGCUGUUUUCAUCAUGGCCGUCCUCGGAGCCCUCGUCUGGGCUGUAGUCCUGGUCAUUAAGGUUCUCUGCUGCAGGAGGUUCAGGAGGAAGAUAAAAGCAGAGUGACAUGAUUCAAAUUAUUUAACAGCAGCUGACACAUUUUAGCUGCUUAUUUUAGACUAACAUAUUUCAGAAAAUCAGGAUUCUAAAUUUUAGAUGGUUGUUAAGCGUCAGAUUUAAAUGCUGAAUUCCCCCCUUAUAAUCGUUUUUUUUCCCAGACAUAUGACAAGUGUUUUGUGGAGUACGUUCACUUAUACCUCAUGUAGUCCUUCAUACUUUACAAGACACCGUCCUCAAACAGUAAGCAAGCAAAAAAAAGUGCUAUGUAAACCAUAUCAUAGAUGUUGUAUUUCUGAUGAAGAAAAACCGAGAACAGAGACAACCUGAUCACGGUGUGAUUUAGUUUAGUUUCAUUGACUUUCUGUUAGAUCCAAAGGCAACGUGAGCGGAAUGUGUGUAGUCGUAGAUGAAACCUAAGUCCUCAAGAAAACAGCACCAUCUUUUUUUCUACCAUGUUUUAUUUCACUCUUUUGGGGGAUUUUAUUUAAAAAAUGCUGAUAAAUGUAUUUAUCUUAUGUAAUUAUUAAUAAACCAACUCCUGUACAUUA